AGUUUAUCGUUUUGUCACAAGCGAUUAUCAACCAAUCAAGAAAGAAGAGCCAUGGCUGUCGAUAUGAUUGUCGAGCCCAAAUGGGUUGUCCAAAACUUUGGAAACAUCCGAAUCCUCGAUGCUUCAUGGACCUUCAAGCCGAAAGCCGAUGUUGCCGAGUACAAGGCCAAGUACUACAACAAGUUCGGUGUUGGAAUGAAUGAGUUGAAGAAUCCCGAGUACCUUGCCGAGCACAUCAAUGGAGCUGCACACUUCAACUUCGACAUUGCCUACUACCCAUCGGAGGACGAACGUUUCACUUUGUACACUCCAGAGGAAUUCUCGUCGUAUGUCAAGAGAUUGGGUGUCUUCAAUGGAGAUCACUUGGUUAUCUAUGGACGUGGAAAAGAUGGUGGUAUGGCUGCUGCUUCUCGUGCAUACUGGACAUUCAGAUACUACGGUUAUACAACUGUAUCUGUGUUGAACGGUGGAAUCGAAGCAUUCAAACUUGCCCAAGGUGUCGUUCAAUCUGGUGAGAGCAUGAUCUCAUCUGGAAACUACGAAGUUAAGUCGGUGGACAACAACAUUCUUGCCAAGAUGACCGAUAUUCCAUUUGGCAACUUGGCCAGCAUCAAGUACUUGGAUGCUCGUUCAAGGAAGAAUUCAUCGGAAAAGUUCCAAUCGGAUAUCCAGAUUCGAAGGCCGAGGGUAUUCGUUGCAAGGAUGCAAUUCACUUCCCAAUCGGAGAAGUUUGUGCUGCAAAGGGAUUCAAGAAGAAGACUGAUUGUGAUCAAGCUUUUGCCGCCAAGGGAAUCAAGGUCGGAGACACUGUCGUCAUUAGCUGCGGAAUCGGACUUUCGGCUUCUGCCAUCUGCCUCGCCGCUGCUCGUUCUGGAAUCGUUGCCAAGCUGUACAAUGGAGGAGUCCACGAGUUGGCUUACAAGGCUCCACAACACCUCAACAUGCGAGUCACUUUGUUACUACACGCGAUUACUGUACUUAGAUGUACAUACAUACAUUUUACCUUUUUGUAUGCAAUUGUAAUAAAGAUUGAAAGAAUUGUC